AUCAAUGUUUAGUUUUAUACGUCGAUUCGUACACGUUUGCAUCGAUUGCCCACAGAUAUAUUUAUCAUCCAUUUAAAUGACUUGUUCUCAAGCAUACGGCGUGUUAUCCAAAAAGUGCGGCACUUAAUAAUAACCGAACCAUUGGAAAAAUAACAAUUUUUUUAAACAUUUUAAUUCCAUUUAAUACUAAUAAUUUAAAGUUCUUUAAAGAUUCGCUAAUUUUCUAGUUUUAUUUUAGUAUUUAUUUUACUUUCUUUCUUUUUACUGUCAACUUCGAGCGAUUUUCGUUGAGAAUUUGAAAGAAUUCCGUUUCGCUAAAUGUUUACGACUUUCUUUAAAUCAAUUGAAAUUUUUGAAUCGACUUGAAAAAUGGAAAUAGCAUCAAUAUUUAGAGCGCUUAUGCUCUUUAUGUCCAAUACCAAACCAGAAAGUCCGUUGGCCAAUGAAGCGAAUAAUUUUAGUGAGUCUGGAUCGAUUACCACUUAUGCCACAUCCAAACCAACAACCACAAUAGAUUCAAAUGAAAUUCAGCCAUCGGAGUCAAGUAUUAUAAGAGAAUGGAACGGGGAAACCACACCAAAUCCAAUGACAGCUCUAAUGCCGUACGACUAUGAUUGUGCGAUGCCUUAUCCACCAUCCGUGGUAGCCGAAAGUUCUUGGGAAGAAAGUUCACCACCGAUAGAAGCCCAACGACCGCAUGCAAAGGCAACAUUCACAAUUCCCAUUCGGAUUGUGCACAAAUUACCCGAUUCGGCUCUCAUCAAUUUACACCGAUUUGAGGAUUAUUGCGAAGAUAAAAUUGUGGAUUGCUAUCAUGCGAUCCGAGAAUUCAACAAUUACAACUAUGAAAAGAAUCAGGAGAUCCAGUAUCUUUCGUACACCAUAAAGCGCAAACAAGAAAUCAUACAGCAGUCUCAAGAGAAAAAGGCGCAAAUUGAGACCGCCUUCAACAAAAUGCAUCGAGUGUGUGUUCGUGCUGAAAGGCAGCGUGAAAAGAUUACGACCGUAUUGAAUCCAUAUUUGGAAACAUAUUCACAAUAUUUUGCGCAACCGAAACGUGUGCCCAAAGUGUGGUAUGAUAUUCAUAAUUUGGAGACAAUUAUACAGCAAUUGUUUACGCCAAAAUUGCAUUUUCGUACGCAGUACGAUGAGAAAAGUCAUGCGCUUCGCAUGAGCCGUAUGCCAAAUGAUGAUUCACCGCGUAAAGAAUUCCUACCGCUGCCCGACAACUAUUUAAACGAUCAAAUUGAUGAUGAUGAUGGUACGAUUGAUGGGGCCAGCAUAAUUAUGGAAAAUAACCACCCAGACACAACGUCGAUUGGAGCGCAAAUCAAACAUGCUGACCAAUUCAACCGCAAUGUCUUAGAACAGUACACAUACUCUACGGACGAGGACAUUCAACAAAUCAUCAUUUAUUACGUUUUCAAAUACUUUGAGCUCAAGGUUCAAGAUGGAACAAGAAAAGUUUUCCACUUUACACGACUGUUGAAAGAGAAGAAGAGAUCGAACGGAACGCAGGCAGAAAUCAGCAAUUUGGAGGAUCGUGUAUCGGAUGCAAUCAGGGAACUUCAAGCAAAUACCAUUGAAAUGGAGCGGAAUCGAGUUGUGCCCGAACUGAUUGGUUUGUAUAAUGCGGAAAAUGAAGCAAAAAAUCUGUUGCCCAACACAAAACUAAUAACAAAAUUGAUUGGACCAAAUAAUAAGCGCGUUGUAACCACAUUCAAUCCAAGCGAUGCGAUUUUAUUUAAUGCAUUGGAUGGCAAGAAAACCGAUUUGAUCACCGAUGAAAAUGCCAAUGGAUUGACCAAGGCGGAUGACCAAAGUGAACGUGAAAAUCUUAAAGAACCUUUACAUUGGGAUCAAAAUUGGACGUGGGAUUAUUAAAUUGCCAUCAGAUUAAAUUGAGAAAUGAAAGACAUGCGGGAAAAACACCCAAUCCUACGAUACAUCCAAAACAAUACCAAAACAUUAGAUCCCAAGCGCGACUCCACACUUAGCUUCUAAAUGUGACACCGUAGUAAGUGUGACACUACCAAAUGUGACACUACCACACACGCACUUGUUUCCAUUCUCUUUGUCGCUUAUUCGCAAAACGUAUGCCCACACUUACUACGGUGUCACAUUUAGAAGCUAAGUGUGGAGUCGCGCUUGGGAUAUGCCACUGACAUUGCUCCAUGUGGAAUUUAAGAAGUCACGAUAAGUGCAAAUACAAUGAAUAAAAAGAAUUUUUAGGAAGGUAGAGAAAUAAGAAUGUGUUGGGUGUAUUGUUUGCAGAAAAAAAAUCUUCAGCACACAUUCUCCACGAUGAAACCUACAUUUAAUGAGCCAUAGUGAGCCAGCAGAAUGCUUAAUUUCAUGCCAAAAUUUUUCUGUUUGAAUAAAACCAAACAUGUCAAACACAAUUUAUUUACGAGAUAAUGAGCAUCAUGAAAACAAGUCAGUAAUAUUUCUUCUUACUGACUUCGCAUCACUUUUGCGGAAGAUUUGCAGCAUAAUGUGCUGUUUAACAUUUGCAAGGUAAGCAUUAUGUAAGAACUAGUUCUGUACCAGAAAUUUGAUUCGCGUGGCAACAAAAAAAAACUACCAAAAACAUUGAAUUGGAUAAGAAAAUAUAUUAUGUUAUAGUUAUCUUAUAGUUCUUGAAUCCAGUUAACCUCCUCUUUUAAUAUCCAUUCGAUAUAACUUCUACGGAUUGUAUAUCUUAUGUCGAAACUUCCAGUCUUAUCCAAGGCAACAAGUGGUUCUUAUCCAAAACCAAUAGUU